CGCAAAGAAAAAGAGAUUGUGAUUAACGAACCUUAAGCCGGCUGAGGCAGAGAUCCAUUUUAUGCUUUGUCCUCGUAUCGAGUAGUUUAGCGGUGCAGCAUUUGCUGUUCGUUUCGCAGAAAGUUGGAUUUUCGUUACGGUAUGUGAUACUUCUUGUUGAAAAGAAACUAAAUGGCAUAACUGUGGUCAGUGAAAUACAGUUCUGUUGGAAAUUAGUGCUUUGUUAAAAUAUGGAUGUAUCAAAUGUUUAAAUCAGGUUUAAAGGAGUGGGUGUUUUCGAAGGACGAAACGUGUUCUGGGUACAGUAAAUGGAACUGGCGCUAAGUAAUAAUCCCAAACGUGCUAAAAAGAAGUGCAACACUAGCAGAAAGGCUCCUAGCCAGCAGAACAGGCCACGAGCGGGUGUGUGCGGUGCUCCAGUAGAGUUGUGUUUGUGUGAGGAGCAUUUCUGGAUGGGUUUUGCUGACGGCUACAGCUCUCAACAGUGUUGAGUGCGCAAGGUAGAGACAGAGACUACGUGUGUGCGUGUGGUUUAACAUGUGUGCGUGCUGCCAUUUGCCAUCCAUCAGCCACAUUUUUCUCCAUUCUUUUGGCACACACCGCACAAAGAAGUAACCAAAAAACCAGACUUUCCCAAAGAUUUUCAGUUAGUUUCUCGAAAGUGCUCGGUUGUGCAAACUUUGGAAGUUUUCGCGAGUGUACAAAUAAGUCUUAAGGUAGCUAGAUAAUUUCUGACCGCAGACUGUUGCUGAUGGAUGCUCUCUGAUCAGCACGCUCGGAACCAGGAACACCCGUAGCAUGCCCCUAAUAAGUGGUGAUUGCUGAUAAUAUUUUCAGUAACGAUUGUUUGAAUCGAUACGGGGCAUGACCCAGUCGACUCAACGCACACUUUUUGCGUUGUCGUUCCCAUCGAAUAUCUCCUAGUAAUCUCACUGUCGAUAACCAGUCCCGACAAAAAACGAGCAAAGCGCAUUGGCGUUGGUCGCACACUACAUAACUUGCCAAAUUGGCACGGUUCCAAAAAUAUUAAUAUCACUAACCACUGGAAUCAAUCGCCAUCGAACCAGGACGUGCAACUCAAACCAGAGGAACAAAAUCCGCAAAGCCUUCAGUCACUCCCACACUGCCGAAAUUUAGCUGACGGCUGGCGAUUUAAAAGUUACCAAUUACAUGUGUGUGGUUAGUCGGUCGCCCUGCUGCUGCGCCACAAUAACAGACGCUGAGGAGGGGCCCGGAAAAGCUGAAACCCCACUGCUAGUAGCACCACGGACAGUGAUCCAGUUUUUGCGGUAGCGAAUAAUUUGGAUCGAAACCAAAUUUCAAUCUAGGACAGUGCCACCGACGAACUACCGGGCAAGGAUCGCCCCGAAAAAUCGGAAGCAAAAAGUUGAACAUUCUGCUGCGAGAGUCAUGGCAUCUACUCAACCAAAUAGGGAAUUUGUCGAAGGAUGGACUUUGGCACAGACGCUUGGAGAGGGUGCCUACGGGGAAGUAAAAUUGCUCAUCAAUCGCCAGUCGGGUGAGGCCGUCGCUAUGAAGAUGGUUGACCUGAAGAAACAUCCGGAUGCGGAAAGUUCAGUCAAAAAGGAAGUCUGCAUCCAAAAGAUCCUACAGCAUUCCAACAUACUAAAAUUUUUCGGGAAGCGAACGCAAGGUGACAUCGAGUACAUCUUUCUAGAAUACGCUUCCGGUGGGGAGCUUUUCGAUCGAAUAGAACCGGACGUUGGAAUGCCUAUUCCUGAAGCUCAGCGCUACUUCAAUCAACUGCUAGCCGGCGUCGAUUACCUGCACACUCGGGGGGUUGCUCAUCGGGACCUCAAACCGGAAAAUCUAUUGCUAGACGAACAUGACAACGUGAAAAUCUCCGAUUUCGGCAUGGCAACUAUGUUUAGAAUGAAAGGCCGCGAAAGAUUGCUGGACAAAAAAUGCGGUACACUGCCGUAUGUGGCCCCGGAGGUGCUGGUAAAGCCAUAUCAAGCCACUCCCGCUGAUUUGUGGUCCUGCGGAAUAAUCCUAGUCACCAUGCUUGCUGGCGAAUUGCCAUGGGAUCAACCGUCCUCGGGCUGUGCGGAAUAUCUCUGCUGGAAGGAGAACAAGUACACGACGGCGACCCCUUGGAGCAAACUGGACACGCUGACGCUUUCACUGUUGCGGAAGAUUCUGGUACCAAAUCCAUCCCAAAGGUUGACGUUGGAGAAAAUACAGGACCACAAGUGGUGCCAAAUGCAAUUCAACCGUCAGCAGGGCUUGGCUGAUAACAGUGGUUGCGGGCGAGACGCCGUAGACGGCGUUGUAUCUCCACGCUCGAAACGACUAUGCUCGAAUCAGGAUCUGUCCACUCCACUAGAUGAUUCGAUCUCGCGAAUGUGUCAAUCUCAACCAGUUCCGACAAUAACUCACACCGAGGUUAACGGUGUUGAGGAAGCUAUUGAAGCGCGCAAUGGCUUCUGCUUUUCACAACCCACAAUGCUGGAUGAUUUGAUCUUGUGCACUCAACUAAACCCGACGCAAUCUGUUGGAGCAACCCAGUCGAAUCCGUUCCAGCGCCUAGUACGCCGUAUGACUCGAUUUUUCGUCUCGACAAAAUGCGACGAAACGUUAAAACGUCUGUUAUUAACGCUAGAAAAGCUGGGUUACACAUGGAAAUCCAACGAUGAAGGUAUUAUUACAAUUUCGACUAUUGAUCGGCGAAAAUUACAGCUGAUUUUCAAAGCAAAUAUUGUGGAGAUGGAUGGAAAAAUAUUGUGCGACUUCCGUUUGUCGAAAGGUUGCGGUCUGGAAUUUAAAAGACGAUUCAUUCGGAUCAAGCAGAGCUUGGCCGAUAUUGUGAUGAAGGGACCAGUUACGUGGCCCAUUGCCAUAGCGACCAAUUCUGUGCCUUAGAAACUACUGCCAGGAAUUCAUAUUAGGGUUGACUUUUUCGUAAAACGAUAUUUUUACAGCGGAUUUUCCCUCGAGGAAAGCUACACUUGCUAAUGUGUUUUUUGUCGUUGACCUUUAAGUAUACGAUGUUCCAACUAUCAUGCUCAUUUAUAACGUAAGCGAUGAAUUCACAAGAUCGAUUCUCAUUUUUACUCAAUCGAAAAUCUUGCCCAAAGAACAAUAGGUGUUUGAAGCAAUUGAUUACUGAAGAA